AUGCCCGCCCGUGGCGACCGGACAGCGCCGUCAUUUGACAAGUCCAAUCCGCGAGAGCUCCGCCGGUACUUCGCCGAGUUAGACAGACACUUCACGCGGGCCUCUGUUCAGGAUGACACAGCAAAGAAGGAGCACUCCUGUCGUUACCUAGACGUCGAUACCGCAGAGCUGUGGGAAACGCUCCCAGAGUACAAGGAUCCCCUCAAGUCAUUCGAUGAGUUCAAGAAGAAGGUCCUGGAGUUAUAUCCAGGAUCUGGGAAAGAGCGGACCUGGUCGGUAGCGGACCUGGACCUUUUAGUAGGCGAGCGUAGCCGGCUGGGUAUUCAAACACUCGGAGACCUUGGUGAUUUCUAUCGCCAGUUCCUGGCUAUCACCACCUAUCUCCUGGACCAAAAGCUCCUGUCCGAAGUCGAACAGGUCCGAGCGUUCCGCAGAGCCUUCCAACAAAGCCUGGAUGUGCAGGUUGCCGCACGGUUACAGCUUAAGCACCCGGAUCAUUACCCGUCCCACCCGUACCAGCUCAAUGACAUCCUUGAAGCUGCUCGUUGGGUCCUUCAUGACACCCCUUCUACACUGUCCACCGGAAUCUCGCCUGCAGCCCUCCCGUUGACCACAGCAUCCUCAGUUCCCAGUUCGGGUAUCAAGGCGGAAGACUUCCAGUCAAUAAUGACAGCAAUGACACCAGGGCAUGCCACGACGCUGUCAGCUCAAGGAAGCCAGGUACAGAACUCCGGAGGACCCCGACUCACCGAUGGGGCACCCCAAAGACGUACGGGAGGAACACCAAAUAAUCUCUGUUCCUUCUGUUGGGUUCCGGGCGAACACUUCAUUGCCACCUGCCCAAAGGUGGACGAAUACCUGAAAGCGGGCAAGGUGAUCCGACGAGUGGUGGAUAACAAGAUUGUUUUACCGAGUGGUGCAUUUGUACCAGGACAUAUCCUUCCCGGCCGACCCUUGCGAGAACGUGUAGACGGAUGGCAUAGGCUGAACCCCGGACAGCUGGCCAGCGUAGGAACCGUGAGCCAAGCAAUUGUUGCGACCAACAGGGACCCCCCUCUCAGCAGGGAGGGGCGCAUCCAGAGUCUUGAGCGGGAGUUGUUUGCGCUUAGGUCGGGUAGAAAAUACCAGCCUGCCCCCACCCUUGUUCGAGUACAGGACCAAGCUGCAGCUAUGUCCGGCGUGGCUAAGAAACCAGCCCCCAAUUAUCAGACGGUGUCUCCGGUAUAUAGCGAGAAGGAUGCCCAAGCGGUCUUUGACCGUGCGAUGGCACAGAACAUCACCGUAUCGCAGAAGGAGCUGUUAUCACUAGCCCCAGAGCUCCGGAACUUGGUCCGGGAGGUUUGCUCCGCACGCAGACAGGCUGUAGAAACGAAUCAAGCCACUCCGGAGACGGUUCUGGGUUUACACCAAGCGACCCAACCCGUACCGCACCAGCCCGGAACUCCUCUACCAGGGUCCCUCGUAAUUCCGGAUGUCUAUGAGACAUACCUAAAGUCGCUACCACCGGGCGCGACACUCGAUACCUUGGUAGUCUCUCAGGAGUCGGCCGCUCUCCGGGCCAUCAAUCCCUUGGUGGACCAUCAGUUACAUGUGGAAUGCAUUCUGGACCCGGGGUCACAGAUCAUUGCCAUGUCCGAUGCGGUGUGCAACGAGUUGGCCUUGAUAUAUGAUCCAUCCUUCCGCCUCAAUAUGCAGUCAGCAAACGGCGAGUUAAACCUCUCCUUGGGGCUGGCCCGGAAUGUCCCAUUCCUCAUUGGCGACCUUACCCUAUAUCUUCAAGUCCACGUUUUACGCAAACCAGCCUAUGAUAUCCUACUCGGUAGGCCCUUCGACGUAUUAACGGAAAGUAUCGUCAAGAAUUUCCGGGACGAGACACAGUCGAUAACUAUCCAUGAUCCUAACACCGGGAAGGUGGCAGUGGUUCCGACGGUUCCUCGAGGACAUGCACGGUUUGUGCAUAGGCCAGUGGUGGCAAACACAAACCCUCCACCGGAGGCAAUGCUCGCGGGUUUUCGCACUUCGAGGAAUUGA